GGAGCCAGUCGCUGUGCUGGGACUGUGGAGAUGAAACACAGAGGAGAGUGGGGACGAGUGAUGUUCUAUGGAGACUGGGACCUGAAGGCCACAGCUGAGUCGGUGCGGUUGGUCUCGGGGUCCGGUCUGUGUUCAGGAUCAGUGCAGAUCUGGGACGGGUCCUGGACCGGGGUCUGUGACGGGGACUUGGACCAGCGGGGGGCAGAGGUGCUGUGCAGGGAGCUGGGCUGUGGGGCUCCUUCUCUCCUCCAGGGGGCGCUCUCUCCUCUGGGGCAGACGUUCCACUGUGACGGCCAUGAGUCUGCUCUGAUGGACUGUCCCCGCUCCAACUCAAGCACCUGCUCCUCUGGAACCACUGUCAACCUCACCUGCUCAGAGCCGCUCAGGUUGGUGGGAGGAGCCAGUCGCUGUGAUGGGACUGUGGAGCUGAAACACAGAGGAGAGUGGAGACGAGUGGAUCUCUAUGGACUUUGGGAUCAGGAGCAAACAGCUUUUGUGUGCAGAGACCUGGACUGUGGCUCUGCUGUUUAUGGAGAAAAGAAAGAUGAUUUUCCACAGAGUCCUGUGUGGAAGGUCUCAUCUCACUGUGUGAAGGAGUCUUCAGUGAGAGAAUGUGUCUCUGGUUCAUCCUCCACUUCCUCUUCCUUGGGUCUGGAGGUGAAGUGUUCAG